AAUCGAAUCUUCUCUCUGUCCACCCCGCACAGCACACGAACACAGUAGGGUAUAUUGUUUUCAGAUCUAUCUAUCUAAUAGUACUAAUAUCGUCCUUCUUCUGAAAUUGAUUAUUGUAUUGUUUGUGUUUGUGACAGCAAAAUAAAAAUGAAACUCAAAUAUGAUACGAUGGGUAGUUAGUUAGGUAGGUACGCAUAAACAUAAACAAAAGGCAUGAAUGGAUGCUGUUGCUGAUUUCAGUUUUGCCACUCCCACUACUAGGCUGCUACCUUUUUCCACAUUUACCCUUUUCCACCGUCCCCACUUAUAUUCUUCUUCUUCUUUUAUAUACUUCUCCAAACCUCUUAUGGCUCAUAAUCAUCAUCAUCAUCUCACUAUGUCACCUGUCACCAUUAACGGCCAUCAACAACAACAACAAAAUUCUUCCAUCAUCGUUCCACCAUUCGAUCAUCAUGAUGAUUAUUAUCACAGUAUUGAUGAAAAACUCCUAGAUAACAUCGCUUAUGAUGCUCUUGUUUGGGCCUCUCUUCACGGCCUCCUUAUGGGCGAUAAAUCUUAUCAGAAAUCAGGAAUGGUUCCUGGUGUGGGAUUGAUGCAUGCUCCGUUUGCCUUAUUCCCUACGCCAUUUCCACAAACUAAAUGGAAUCAAGCUUCUGAUUUGGCACCUAUAUUCAAUGAACUUGUUGAUCGUGUCAGCUUAGACGGUCAAUUUCUUCAGGAAUCUCUCUCCAGGACUAAGAAAGUGGACGAAUUUACAUCUAGACUUUUAGAUAUUCAUUCCAAGAUGCUACAGCUUAACAAAAAAGAGGAUAUACGGUUGGGACUACAUCGUUCAGAUUAUAUGCUUGAUGAGCAGACUAAAUCGCUUUUGCAAAUAGAGCUCAACACUAUUUCAUCUUCAUUUGCUGGUUUUGGUAGUCUUGUUACCGAACUUCAUAGGUACAUACUUUCUCGCCAUGGAAAAUUGCUUGGGCUGGAUUCAGAAAAGAUUCCUGCCAACAAUGCUGUCAAUCAGUAUGCAGAGGCAUUGGCUAAAGCUUGGAGCGAGUAUAAUAACCCAAGGGCUGUGAUUAUGAUUGUAGUGCAGGCUGAAGAGCGAAACAUGUAUGACCAGCAUUUUCUUUCUGCGGUUCUAAGAGACAAGCAUGGUAUUACAAUUGUACGCAAAACGUUGGCAGAAGUUGACCAAGAAGGAGAGAUUCUACCGGAUGGAACGCUUUCUGUUAAUGGACAAGAAGUUGCAGUCGUUUACUUCAGGGCUGGCUAUACUCCAGCUGAUUAUCCUUCAGAAUCAGAAUGGGCAGCUAGGCUACUGAUGGAACAAUCUUCUGCUAUCAAAUGCCCUUCAAUAUCUUAUCAUUUGGUUGGCACCAAGAAGAUUCAACAAGAACUUGCAAAGCCCGGUGUUCUUGAGAGGUUCCUUGAAAACAAAGAUGAUAUUGCGAAAAUGCGUGAAUGCUUUGCAGGACUGUGGAGUUUGGAUGACUCGGAUAUUGUUCAAAAAGCAAUUGAAAGACCUGAAUUAUUUGUGAUGAAGCCUCAAAGAGAAGGAGGAGGAAACAAUAUUUACGGUGAUGCUGUGAGGGACACCCUCAUAAAAUUGCAGAAAUUAGGCUCUCAAGAAGAUGCAGCUUACAUACUUAUGCAGAGGAUAUUUCCAACUGCUUCUGCUGCAGUUUUGAUGCGUAAUGGUUGUUGGCACAAGGACCGUGCCAUCUCAGAACUAGGGAUAUUUGGUACAUAUUUAAGGAAUAAGGAUACGGUUAUCGUGAAUAAUCAAAGUGGCUAUUUAAUGCGUACAAAAAUCUCAUCAUCUGACGAAGGUGGGGUUGCAGCUGGUUUUGCUGUAAUAGAUAGUGUAUACCUCACUUGACGUAGUCAAUCUCUAACUUAUCAGGGUAUAUCAAAACAUUGUGUUCGCAUACUAUCAUUCAAGUCCCCUGUUUAUAUUUGUCCGCCUCCGGAAAAAUUGAAAGAGGCCACAUUUUUCUUUUCUAUUAUCCCAUGGGGGUGUGUUGUAUAGUUACAGAUAAUAAAAACUGGUUAAUGCUUAACUGUUUGAUUCUAGCCCAUAAAGAUUGACGAUCUGGUUGAACCCGUUCGUUCUUAUUGAAACGCGGUCUCUAAUUUGCUUUAUAGCAUUGAUUAGAGUUUACAAUUCUGAGAAGAAAAUGAAAUGGUUUGGGUAGCAA